AUGGCAAGGUUCAACUUUGAGACUCAGCUCCAAGAGAUACUUGGUGUCCCAGACUCAAUUUGGCUGGGAUGCGUCCAAGUUGACCUGAACAAACCCGAGAUAGGCCGUGGCUCGGAUGCCACUGUCUAUACAAGUGAGUUGGAGGGUCUCCCUGUUGCUGUGAAGGUCUUACAUAGUAUUUUACUCCAACAGGGCAAUGUCGGGCGUGCAGCUCUUCUGCAGCGAUUCGGCACUGAGUGCCUAGUCAUGCGGCGACUGCAGCAUGAAAGAAUUGUGCGACUGCUCGGGAUCGGCAUUGCUCCCAAUCAAUCUCCGUGUAUAGUGGUAGAACUGAUGGCCGGCUCGCUAGGUGAUCGAAUUGGAGUUGUUCCAAGAGAGCCAUUCGCGCAAAGCCUUCAGUAUCUUGUCGACACGGCGGAAGGUUUGCGUUUUCUACACGGCAAGAACAUUUUGCAUCGCGAUUUGAAACCCCACAACAUCUUGAUCACGGCAGGGAGAGCCAAGAUAGCUGAUGUAGGUUUGGCCCGCUCUCUUCACGGUGGUCAAGGUGCAGACUUGACAACUCUGACACGGUGCCCCGGCACGCCUUAUUUUAUGCCGCCAGAGAGCCUGCAAGUGGGCACAACAUACGACGAAAAACUGGAUGUGUUUUCUCUAGGAGUGGUGAUGCUGUCGCUGCUUGUGGGACGACCACCUUCCCCAACUGAAGCUACUGUUCUGCUGGAGAAUGGAACGCGGAGAUCAGUUCCGGAGGGUCGCCGACGCAAAGCAGAUCUGGAUCGACUGGGCUCGGAUCAUCCACUGCAUUCUCUAAUCGUGUCGUGUCUGCAUGAUGAUCCUGGAUCUAGACCCACAUCGGCUGAUGUUCACAUGCACUUACUGCAGAUCUCACCUCACUCUAUGGUAUGGAUGUACUGA